GUAGCGCGUGCUGUGGUUGCCAGCAUUUGUUGAGAAUGGAUCAGUUGACACCACUUUUUGGCGCGUUUGAAACGAAAAGUUGCAAAAAUGAGUUUCUUAAUGUAGCUUUCCUCCCCCCGUCCGCAUGUAACAAGUCGAGGACAGUGUGACGAACGUUUUUAAUAACAAAUUAUAUUGGCGAACUUUAUUAAAUUUAUCGAUCCAUUCCAAUUUUUGGUUAAAAUCGAAGGAAAGUAACGGCUACUUUACAGAGUCCUACAUUCGAUUCCGCGCGCAUCGGAAGUAUAACUUCCCAUUCAUCGAAACGAAACGUCUUUCGAAUUAAAGGCAUUACCCAGGCUAAACUAGAUAAAGUAAGACUUUGAGAUGACAUAUGAAACAAGAGACAGUGUAUUCAGUCUUAGUCAAAAUGCAAAACUUGAAGAAGAAAUGAAGACACCUAUAAAUUAUAAGUCAAAACCUGGGACAACACAAACAAUAUGCAUUCCUGGCUCAGGGAAAUACACUGAAGUGGAUCUACAUAUUGAUACAAAUGUGUCAAUUCCAGGAUCUAAGGGUUCCCAAUUUUUCAGCUCCUGUAGUUUUGCUAUUUGCAUUUUAAGUACCUUAUUUCUGAUUUUGGCACAGAGAUACCAGAGUGUAGAAUUUCAUAUGAUGGAACAGAAUAUCAUGAUUCUGAACCAGAAAGUAGAGUUCCUGGCUGUGACAUCAGACAGUAUACGUCAGAAUGUUGCCAUUCUGCAGGACCAAGUGAAUAGUCUGAUACGUAAACACCAGAGCAUAGUAGAAUACAUGCAUGCAAAUUACCAAGACACAGCCCAUUUACAUGCAGUGAAGGAUGUUCUAAGCCCAGAGUUGAAAACUGUACAGGGCAGUGAUUUCAGUUUAUUAAUGUCAGAUAUGCUGGACAGAGAUGGUAGCUCAGAAGACACUUUGAAAUUGAAGAAUCUGGUAGAUGUGAAGAACAGCUCAUUAUUCUCAGGCACAGAAAAUUCUGAUUCUGAACUCAUGUCUGUGGUGCCUGUACCUCAUGAUACAUCUUUUGAACCUUUUGGUUCCAUGCUGAACGAUGGUAUUGAAAGAAGUGACAGUGUACAAGAGCUGAAAUUAGACGUUAGUGAUAGUUCUAUUCCUCAUGUUAUGGACAUUCUAUUUUCACCUGGAAGUUCUUCGAGCCGCAAAGAUGUGACAGAUGACGGCGUGAGACUGGGAAGAGCAAAGCGUUCUAAUAGAAGAGGUAAUCAGAAGCCAUCAGGUGGUCGACGUGGUCGCCCAAACAACAAAAGAAAGAAAAGUGGUCCAUUUGUGGUUCAUUUCAAAGGAGCUGUGCCUGAUGUGUUCAUAGAAGAAGGAGGUAGGUUGGUAGCACCAUGGAAUGCAAAUAAGCAGGUAGCCGGUGACUUCCUCCUAUCAAAGUUCCAGCUGCGGGAAGGGAGUGGAGCAGUUGAAGUCUCAGAGCAUGGACUGUAUUAUAUCUAUGCACAGAUGUAUUACAUAACGGCAGAAUCAACAAACAGUUUUUCCAUCAGACUCCAGGAGGCAGGAAAGACGUCUCCUGAAGAUGUGGCAUUAUGCAGUGUGAGUACAGCAGACACGAGAAAUAUGUCAGAAGUGAGUUGCUUUACAUCUGUUGUACGGUUCCUCAAUGCUACUGAUCGUCUCUUUGUCUGGCAGCGUGAGCGCAAUCGCAAAAUGAUUCUUCGUGAUGGUUACUCCUUCUUUGGUCUUGUUCUUCUUACUGGUAAGAGAGACUGAUGUAGGAUAUGAUGCUUUCCUCACAGAGCUCCCUGCUUUUGUAACUGAACCUACAAGUAAGCUAAGGGGUGAUGCAGAGGUAGGCCAAGAAAUAAUCAUAGGCUUUAAGGCUGAAAUUGGACUGUUGGAUGCUGUACUGAAAUUUGUAAUUUUUUUACAGUGUUUGGUAUUAAAAUAAAAUAUCAUUGAAAAUUGAACAAAUAUAGGAGCAUAUACUGCCAUACAAUUAUGCCUGUAAUCUGAAACUUUGUAGUACAUAAUAUUGGUUUGAAUGAUGUUUCAUUUGUCUGUGUGAAAUUCAGAAAAUAUUUUGUAUUAUGAUAUGCAUGUUGUCACUGUAGCAGGACAUUGCUUAGGUAGCCGAGAUGCAAUCUGUUGUAUGUUGGUCAUUAGUGCUAAAUGGGCACAGCAGUGCAUUGCUCUUAUCUGGAGCAUUACCAUGUAAAGAAAAGACAACUAAAAGUGAGUUUGUAACAUAAUUUUUAUAGAAAAUAUUCAGAACAAUGUAUGUUCUUUGAAGCACAUUUUUAAAUAAAAUGCUUAUUCAUUGUGACAUUUUUAUCUGGUUGUAUGUUGCAAAUUAGAACAUAAAUCCGUAUAUUAGAAACAUUUUUGGUUUUAGGUUGCCUUUGUCAAAGGUUCUUUAAUUAUGAUGCUAGAUAAAUAGUGGUUUGUCAGCGCAUGUAGGAAAUUAGUUAUGUAGAUAACAGUAAGCCUAAUGCUUUUAGACCUCAUAUGGACUUUGUAUCAGUAUGUUUGCAUUUUUCAGUGCUUUCAGUAGAUAAUGUAGAAAUUACCAUUGGUAAGUUGCAGUAACAAUUUGCAUCUGUUAUUAAAUAUUAUUUUGGGUGGAGUGUUGAUGUUAUGUUGUUAACUGUAACAUGAUACAAAAUUAUGUUUAUUAAAAUAGACUGUCAUUUCAAUGCCUGUUAUGUAUAAUUUAAGUUAUGGUGUGAUUUUUAAAUUUGUAUAAUAUUUGUAUCUAGUUAGAUGAAAUGAAUUUGAUAUUUCUGAGGAAUUUACAACCAGAUUUUAUAAAGUCAGUUAUGGGGCAGAUAUACGAGUAUGUUAUAUAUAACUUCUAUAUUUGGUUUUCCUAAAGAAUGUCAAAAUAUUUCAAAAUUGAUUUUUUUGAAUAUGAUAAAACAAAUUGUGAUAUGCAGACAUGCAGUGAAUAGUUUAUUGAGGUGUUACUGUUUAUACUUUGGGGGGUCCGAGUUUAACUCCCAAUUCCUACUCCUACCCACAACCUUUUGGCUUGUAGCCUAGUGCCUUAACCAAGUAUGCCACUGCAUGCCCCAGUAUGCAAAUAACAAUACUUAUUUUAUUUCCAAUUCCCUUUUUGUUUUUUAAUGAGCUCUGUUUCUGACAUCAUUAGACAUGUUCAGUGGGACAAGCUAAUUUCUUUGAAGUUACCAGUAACAGUACCUAGUUUGGUAACAGCUUCUAGCAGUGUGACUGGGACGAACAGAUGACACAUCGCAGAAUAACAGUUUGGUAUUGGUAGUAUCAGUUUUAAAUUGUAGUAACUUCUGUUUUUUAUCAUUUUUAUGUGGUUAUUUUGCCAUUGGGGGCAUGUGGUAGUAUACUUGGUUGAGGCACUAUGCUAGA